AUGAAGUCUGUGAGAAAAAAAGAAGAAAAACCUAAGAGGAAGGUAUCUUUUCCUCAUGAUGAGGAGCUAGUCACUCAAUACUUCGAACCAGCCAACCCUUGGCAUGAUGUACCUACAACGACGCGUGCGCAGCUUGCAGGCGAAUACCUCGAAGCUUGCAGGAGUCAUAACACACCUCCCAUCGAUUCUGUACUGCAACAAAUACGGGAACUAUCAGAAAACACGAUUGGUGGUUGUAUUCGAGCGGCUCGUCUCACGCUGGCAGAAUGCUCCUUGCUCGGUCCGUCACCGGUGGAUGCGCUUGAGUCGCUGUUAAGCAAAGUUCAAUUUAGAAGAAUCGAAAUUGACCAUGUGGAGAUCGAUGAUGAGGGGGCGGAAGCGAUAUUCGACAUGAUAGAAUACUAUGAGAGUGCCACAGCUGUGUGUAUCAGUGGGCCACGGCAGUUCGGUAUUCGUGGAUGGCAAGCCGCUUCUAGAAUGAUUAAAAAGAGCGCAGAACUAACGGAACUAGAAAUAUCCGAGAGUCCAUUAGAAGCAGCGCACGCGCCGGUCUUAGCUCGAUCGUUGAAGCCGCUCGCCUGUCGUGUUAGAUCGCUGUGCUUACAACAGGCGAGCUUGGCUGGGGAAUCGCUUUUGUGCUUGGUAAUCGCCUUAAAAUCAAACAACUCAGUACGUGAGCUGCGGCUCGGAGACAACGGCUUGACACAAUAUGAUGCGGUUCAGUUGGGUUCCUUAUUGCGGUAUAACACGAGGCUGCAAUUGCUGGAUCUUUCCAAUAAUCAGAUACAGGACGCAGGUGUGUGUGACAUAGCAAAUGCUUUAGUAGAGCAGUCUGCGCAUACGCCGCCAUCAGCACCAACAUCCCCACUAUCGCCGCAUCACUGUCCACUGAGUGGAUAUGAAUACCGGGGUCUGGCUUUUCUCGUACUAUGGAACAAUCAGCUGACAAGGAACUGUGCCCAGCAUUUAGCAAGAGUUCUGAACACGUCAAAAUCUCUUUGUGUCUUAAAUGUGGGCCGCAAUGCCCUCGGUUCCGAGGGGAGUAAUUCUAAAUUACAGAGGCUAGAUCUCCGAGACAAUAGACUGGGCGUGGCCGGACUGCAAGCGAUAUGCAACGCUGUUAAAGAUAACCAGACACUCACACAAAUUGAUUUGGACGAUCCACCGGAAACCCCAAACCCAGCGGUGAACGUACAAACUUGUACUGAAGCAGCAACAAUGAUGCGUCUGACGAAAGAGAUUCGCGCUAUUUGUCAACGGAAUGAACCAAGCGGAAAGCCAGUGCGCAAGAUUAGUCUCACUUGUCAUACUGCGCAUGCGCAUACUACAGCACUAUUGGCUAAGCCAUCAACUAUAGAAGAGCGUCGCGUGCGUCUACGUUCGCCUGCUCCCUCCCCAGCGCCAUCUCCUUCCCCCUCCCCGUCACCCGCCGGAAGCCCUAUACCCCCGGGACAUGGAAACUCUAGGUUUUAUGUGACCCGAGUCACACCAGAAAGAGAUUCAUCAACAGACAGUUCGAGCCCUUCAACACCAACCAAGUCAUCUUAUUGCCCCACCCCUUCUAGAUUUAAAGUUGUACAGGUCGCAGAACCACCGCAGAUUCAAAUCCACCCAGUGCAGCCGAGGCGACCAUCUUCUCGGUUCUCAGUAACAAGGAACUACGAUACUAUGUAUAACCCUUCUCCCGUUCCAUCUCCUUCGCCGCCGCCCGCUACUGAAAGUGUACCUGCAAAAAGUGAAAUUAAAGCUAUCAAUCCAGAUACAGCUUUAAGAUUUGAUAAACUUGAAACUGUAAAAAAAGAAACUAAAACUAAAAGUGAUCAAGAUAGUGUUAAAACAGACAUUGCAGCUGAAAAAAUAUCUGAAACUAGAGAUAUUGAAUGGAAAACGGUGAAAGAUGCAAAGGGUGAUGAAACAGAUGGUACAUUCGAUAAAAGAGGUUAUAGUGAUAAAGAGAACAAAAUGUGUAGUGUAAGUUCUGAUGAACAUUGUGUAAAAUCGAAAGAACAAGGUGCGGUAAGUGAAUCUGUGAUUGACAGAGUAAAAACGCCAAUUUCAAUGCAGCGUAUAGCGGAGCCUAGCUAUAUAAAAGAUAAUAUUAGUUCAGAAAUUGUUAUACAAACGGAGGACAAAGAAAAACAAAAAUGUCAUAUCGAUGACACAAAAAGUCUUUUAAAAGAUAAAUUUGCUCGGAUUGAAACGAUUGAGCCUAAAAUUGAAGGAGGUGAUAAAAAAUGUAAGGAAAUUAUUAAAAAAGACUCUGAAAAAGAAGUAAAGGCUGAUAACAAAACUGUUAAACGAAUUGAGAGUGUUGUAACAGAAAUCGUUUCUGAAAUAGAACCUCUCCAAUUUACUAUUAAACAAGAUUCUGUGAUACAUGGACCACAAAUGGCUGAAGAAACUCAAUCGCUUUGUUUAUUGAGUUCUGGUGAUAAAACUGAGACUGAGGCUCAAACCCCGGAAAUAGUUAAGGUUGCCUUUACGAAUAUUAUUGAUAAUGUGGCCUGGCCUCCGUUACGAACUAAAAGUGAUAAACGCAAUCAGGAUAGUACAGACUUGAAAGUGACUACUCUAAGUGAUAGUGUUAAAAAGGUUAAAAUUAGUGAUACAGUUAAGUUAGGUGAUAUACUCACCGAUAGUUGUAAAGAUAAGGUGGAAGAGUUGUCUCAAGAAACAGUUAGUGUAGAUAAAACAAUUAAAACAGAGACAAAACUUGUUAAAAACAGUGUAGAAGUAACCGAAUCAGAAAAAGUUGACAUAGAUGUCACAGUUGUAGUAAAAAAAGAAUCAAAUACCGAGAAAACCAAAGUACAUAGUGACCAAAUUGUAAAUAUAGAUAAUAAGGUAAAGGGAGACAUAGCCAUUAAACAAAUAGAAGCAAUUACAGCUGAUUUAGGUAGUUUAAUACAAGAAAUGCACGAUCUAACCACAAAAACAAAGAAAAACGAUUUAGUUAUAGAUAAUGUUGUACCUGUUCGAGAUAAUGUAGUUUUAAAGAAGAAUAAAAGUGAAUCUAGUUUGGAUAGUCCAGAUUUAGAAGUGUCUAGACUUAUGAGAAAGCAAGUUAGUGCCUUUUGUGACAGCAGCUCGUCCUUGGAGAUUUCUGGCAGUUCAGUGGAAAGCUUAAAUAUUGAUAGAAUGAAGCCAGUGAUAGUUGAAACAAUAGAAGCUAAACGGGAACAAUUCUCGAAUGAGAGCAGUAUGGAAUCAACAAGUGAAGUUACCCCAGUCAACCUUAACGUAUCAAUAAGUUCUAACGAAAGCGUUUCGCCAAUCAUUUUUGGAACUUCCAAGAAAAUUCAUGAUUCUCUGUCGAGUUUAGAGGCUAGUGUCAGUUCUAUUGAAUCGGCAAAAGAGAAAAUGAUGGUCACAUCCGCCGAUUCAGGCAUAGAGCAUUCUCUUAAUCCCUCAGAUGUAAGGGAAGACAAUUCUUCUAAUGAAGGAACCCUAACUAACAGUUCAAGCUUGAAAGAUACUGAUAAGAGUUCCCAAGAAACGUUGACAUCGCCAAAACGGACAUCAAGCUUGUUAGAUGUUCCCGCUUUGAAGUCCAAAAGUUUAGAGAGAAUGAGAAAGAUAUCAUGGGUAGCGCCCUCUCCCAGCUUUCAUAUACCUAGACCAGAGCCAGAGAAAGUUGAAAAUAAAUUCCCAACUAAUCUCGAGAAGCUAUUAAGUCUAUUUCAACAUCCAAGCAGCUUGUUCUCACGCGCAACGUCAGAAGAUGAUAGAAAAUCUACUUCAAGUACUCCACCUAGAAAAGACUCGUCAUUAACCAGCUCAUUCUGGUCUUGGGCCAGCUCAUCUGACAAAUCCGACAAGGAUGACAAAGAUGCUGACAGUCUCUCGGAAGCGACCGACUCUACUCUAUCAGAAAGGGUUCAAGUAUCAUUCGUUGACGAAUCUUUUUCUAAAAAGUUUGACAAAACGCCGUCAACAGAUACAGAAAAUACAUUAAGCGAAUUCCAAUCGUUUCAAGCAGGAGACACUGUUACCGACACAACCACCGACGAAAAUUUAGUACAAAUCUUAGAUGUAAGUAAAGACGCAGCGUCCAUUGAUAUGCCUGCGUGCAAAACAGAUCUCAUUGUACCCAACGAUUAUGAAAUUGAUGAAAAAUGUGAAAAUACAGAAAAAUUAGUUAAGUUAGAAGAAAAGAUAGAUGUAAGACCUAGAACUUUUGCAUCAGUUCUCAAAGCGACCGGCUCCGAAAAUUCUUUAGAUAAACAAAGCCCCGAGGCGGGUCAGCCGGUUGAUAAGUUUCCUACCAAAGUUAUAAGAGGUAUUAAAGAAAAUGUCAGCCCGGAAAAUACAAUAACGUCAAUGUCCACGAAAGCCCUAGUGUACGAACUAUCUGAACGACAAGUAAAGAAUUCACCAAUAGUUAGUACAAUAUGGGAAAUACAGACGCCACUUUCAGAGAAAAGUGAAGUUAAAUUCGAAGAUCAUAAAGCUCCAAGUGAUUUAGCACCGAUCGCCAAUAUAGACGAAACAUGCGAUGUGGCCGCAGAUGAAACUAUUCAAUUCGCAUACAUAGACGAUGUCAAAGUUGAUGAAGACAAUAAAUUUAUUAAAGAACUAGGGUCCGUCGACGUCGCCAAAGAUGCUCUGUCAUACUUAGAAAGUAAAGAUAAAAUAAGAAAGCCGGAAUCAUCAUUGGCGCAGGAGUUGAAGGAUGCAGAGAGAAAGGAAUUAGUAGACCUAUCUCCCGAGUUAGUACUCGACGAAGGGGUUGAAAAACCUGAUUAUGCAAUGGAUGUAAAGGGCCGUAAAAGUGCACCUGUCAUCCCAGAGCGGGCAAAGUUAAAGAAAUCAAAUUCGCUUGAAGAUUUAACUAAGCGUCCCGAGAAAGAAAGCCCAAAAUUGAAAUCCAUUGCCUUUAAAGUCCCAGAAAGUACGACACCGAGAGAUAUUCCCCAACGGCGCACAAAAUUACGUAAUAGAAGCGGUUCAAGUCCAAAAUCCCUACCAGAGAGCUUGAACAAGCCCUGCCCCUUGGCUAAGAUGGAUUCUAUAUUGAGUAAAAAGAAGAAAAAGGUGUCGUCUUUAGGUAAAAUGGCGCGUGACUCUCUUCUAGCUUUAAAUAUGAGCGAGGAUGAAAUUGCAGAGUUCAGAAGAUCUUACAAAUUAACAUCAGUGGAAAGUUUGAGGUCGCUCGAAUCAGUUUCGGAAGAUGCAAAUUCUCAGAGCGGCACGUCUAUAGACUCGAGGUGUAGAGCUUGUCUACGGACGAGUCAAGAAAGUCUUAUGUCACUGGACUCUAUUACAGAGGAUUGUCGAUGCCAAGAAUUUUGCGAACGACGCACUCAUAGAUAA